AUGGUGGCACUUGUGAGGUCAACGAAGACAGCCGAAGUUUCCGAUGUUUAUGCCCUGAGGGAUUUGAAGGAUUACUUUGUGAAUUGGAAAAAGUUUGCUCCAAAAAAUGUGGCAACAAUGGAUUUUGCACCUUUACCAGUGCGGGACAAAGGUGUCAGUGCACAAAAGAUAAAUACUACAGGCUUUUCGGGAGAAUUGUGCGAAAUUAGAUCAUUCGAUUGUCAAGUUCAAGGUUGUCCAGUUGGUCAACGAUGUGUUAUAAUUGAAAAUGAUAUAUCAGAAUGCGUGACAGAUUUGUGUGAUCCAAAUCCAUGUCAGCACAAUGCAACUUGCAAACAAAUUAAAAAUACUUUCGAGUGUGAUUGCACAAAUGGAUUUGAUGGAGUAUUAUGUGGAAAUGACAUUGAUGAAUGUGUGAAUUCUCCGUGUAGAAAUGACGCAAUUUGCGUAAACACUCUCGGCUCGUUUACAUGCUUGUGCAAAGAUGGCUUCAAAGGUGCAUUAUGUGAAGAAGGCACUACUUGUGACCCUAAUCCAUGCUUUAAUGGAGGAAUUUGUAUUGUUGAUGUAGAUGGUUCAUACCAUUGCAGCUGCCCGCCUGGCUUCACCUCUGACCUUUGUGAAAACCGGAUUGAGCGAGAAUGCAACUGCAAAAGCUCGAAACAAAUCUGUGUUAAUGGAGUGUGUAAAUGUCCCGAGGGUCUUAUGGGUAAAGACUGUAAUGAACCAAUGCCAUGGUCAUGUACACGAGAUGGUGGAUGUGAAAACGGUGGUACUUGUGUAGAAAGUACAGGAGGUUGCCUCUGUGAACCGGGCUUCACUGGUCUGCACUGCGAGCACGUACUCGAAUGCACUAUAAAUGGCAAUUACUGCGUGCAUGGUAGUUGUAUUUGGUCUGCAAAUGGAACAAUAUGCAAAUGUGAAGAUGGUUUUGAGGGCAAAUAUUGCGAAGAAAAUGUCGUGAAUGUUGACCCUUGUUUGAGUAAAACUUGCAACAAUGGCAAAUGCGUAGUAAAAAAUGAAGGCAAUACAGCAGUUUGCAUCUGCCCUGAAGGUAGUACUGGGGAAUUUUGUGAAACGAUAGAUGUAUGCGCGACGAAACCGUGCCUGAACAAUGGUGAAUGCCUGUUUGAUUCAACAAGUUCAUCUAAUUUCACUUGCCUUUGCGCUCGAGGAUUUAGUGGUCUACGUUGUGAAUCAGUGGCGUAUGAAACGGAAUGUGUUCCAGAUUGCAUGGCGGGUGAAGUUUGUGAGCAAAACAAUGGUACUUUUACAUGUGCUAAGAGCCAAGUAUCUUGCGAUGAUUGUCUACAUUCGUUUCGAUGUAUUGAAAAUUCUGGAAAUGCGGUGUGCAUCUGCGAAACUUCUUGGACUGGACCAAAAUGUGAUCAACCGAUUGAGGAAUGCCGGCAGCUAUCUUGUCCAGAUUACCAAAUUUGUCGGAAUCGAAUUACUGUAACAGGAAGAGUCGCUUUUUGUGGUUGCGCACCAGGUUUGAUUGGAUCAGCCUGUGCUACAAACACGGCGAACACUUUUCAUACAUCUUCAUUCUUUCUGCAUCAGUCAUCUGAUAACAUUCUUGACUCGCCUAUCUCUGAUUACACAUUAAGCUUUGCCUUUCGUACUACUCUUGCCGAUACGCAUAUACUGUCAACGGAGAAUAUUUUAAGUGAAUUGCAGUUUGCUUUAAGUAUACGCCAUGGCUACUUGUAUGGAAACUUUACGGGUUUGGUUUAUCGGAAAGUGCUACCAUUUAUGGUAAAUGAUGAUCACUGGUAUACUGUAGUGUUCAACAAUACUGAAAAGAUUGUAUCAUUGGAAGUACGUGAAGAAGAUUUUGUUUUAACACGUUUUAAAAUGAAAGAACGAAAAAACAUGGGAAUUUUUUGGACAAGAUUAGGUAAAGGUCGCUCAGAUGGAUUUAAAGGUUGUAUUCGUGAUUUAUUUAUCAACGGAGAAUUCAUCAAUAUGAGAAAAUCCAUUAAUGUAUUUGGGGUAACUGAGGGAUGUCAUCGUUCUGAAAUUUGUACACCAAAUCCUUGCCAAAAUGAUGGUAUUUGUCAUGAUCAGUGGGAUGAGUUCCUGUGUGAUUGUAAAAAACCGUUUUUGCCACCAUAUUGUUUACAUCAAACAGAAGAAGUUACUUUUGGUCACAAAAAUAUGAAAUCAAAACUGCAAUUGAGUACAGAAAAUAAUUUGGAAAGUAUUAAAUUACUCACGAAUAUCGAAUUCUUAUUAAGAACGAAUAAACCAAAUGGUACAGUGUUGUAUUUGGGAGAAAAGAAUAGUGAUGAUGUUGGAACAUUCAUUGCUUUACAAAGUAUAAAUGGUUUGCUGGAUGUUCGCUCACGAUUAGGGGGAAAGAAAAUAUUCUCGAGAAGUAUACACACUGAUAAAAUUGACGAUAACAAAGUCCGUUCGAUUAAUUUGAUCAGAGAUCGAAAUAAUUUUAGUGUUUCAAUAGAUGGUGUAGAAAGAAUGAAAUUCGCUGUUGAGAAUCGAUUCGAUCAUCCUCUGCUUGCGGAUACUUUAAUUUUGGGUAGCAGUAAAGACUUACCUGCGGGUGUUUUUUCCACUAGUGAUUUUUUCAAGGGAACACUUCAAGACUUACGUGUAAACGGCUAUUUGGUACCUCUCACUGAAUUGCACGAUCAUAUUGAAGUUGGAAAAUUUGGUGUUGAAACCGAAAGAGAAAAUAUUUUAGAAGGUACAGUAUCUGAUGACAUUUGCGACUUGCUAAAACCAUGUGUAAACGGAAAGUGCUUCAAUACAUUCAAUGAUUUUGAAUGUGUCUGUGAGCAUUCUUGGGUGGGAAAGCAGUGCAACGAACGCGACCAUUGCGCACUUUCUUCGUGCGGUGCUAAUGUUACUUGCACAAAUUAUGAAGGUGGCUAUGUCUGUACUUCUCCCGCCACAUUUUUAUCCAAAUCAUCAGCAUAUUUCAAGUUGGAAGGUAAUAAAGCAACAAAAGCAUUUAAGUUUUCAGAAAUCAGUUUUACAGUACGAACUCGAUCUACAUUAGGUCAUAUUAUUUAUUUGAAAAUGCUGAAUACAUUUCUUUCCGUGCAGCUUAUUAAUGGCUUGGUCUCUUUGGAAGCACUGAUAAAUGAUAAUAUUAAAAAGCAAAGUGCUAAUAUUAUGGUAAAUGAUGGUAUUCUGCAUAAAAUAGCUGUCACUCAUAACGGAAUAUAUAUCGAUGGCAAAAUUGCUAAUAAAAAGUCGUUAUUACCAUUGUUGACGAGUAGUUUAAAUCUGAACGAAAAUAUUACUUUAAUAAUUGGACGGCGAAACGAUGAAAUGCUAUCUUUCGAGGGAUGUAUUGAAGAUAUGAAAAUUGGAUCAGCAUCACCCGUUUCAUUUUUUAAUGGUGAACAAGCAGGUGGCAUGUUGGAAAACAUUACCCAUUUUAAAUUGGACAAGCGUCAGAAUAUUAUCACUGACCGCUGCUAUUCUGAAGAACUGUGUGGCGUAACGAAUCCAUGCAAGAAUGGAGCAAUUUGUCGGGAUUUGUGGAAUUUACGAGAAUGCAAGUGUCAGCCAGGAUUUAACGGAACUUAUUGUGAAACAAGAAUUAAUUACUGUGAAAACCACAACUGCAAAUUUGGCAUAUGUCUCAAUGGGAUUACUGAUUACAGGUGUCAGUGUUUACCAGAAUAUACUGGCAAAUUUUGUGAUAAGAAACAAGAUUUAUGCAAAUUAUUCCCAUGUUUAAAUGGUGGGCAUUGUACAUCAAAAAAUGGCAAGUAUAAUUGUGAUUGUCCCGCUCAAUUUGUUGGAGCGCGUUGUCAAACAUUGAAAUCAUCCAAAUGUGCAUCUGUACCUUGUGAAAAUGGCGCAAAAUGUACAGAAAUUAAUGACACAUUUGAAUGUGAUUGUCCGCUUGGUUUUGAAAAUACACUCUGUGAUGCAAAAAAGGAUUUUUGUGAACCAAAUUUAUGCAAAAAUGGGGCGACUUGCUUAUCAAGAAAUGAUGAUUUUGAAUGCUUGUGCACAGCAAGCUAUGAAGGUAGAUUAUGUGAUAUACAGAAAGACUACUGUACAACAUCACCAUGCGUACAUGGUCCUUGCAAGACGAUAAAUGAUGAUUUUUGGUGUGACUGUGAUUCUGGUUGGAAAGGUCCACAUUGUGAUAUUGAUGUUGAUGAAUGCAUACGGUUUCCGUGCGAACAUGACGGUAAUUGUACAAAUACUCCUGGGUCGUACUAUUGUACAUGUGAUAAUUAUUAUUCAGGUGAUCGUUGUGAGAUAGUAGGUAGUUGUGUUGCUGAACCUUGUGGUGCUAAUGCUAAUUGUGUGCAACAAACAGCUGCAUCCCAUACAUGUCUGUGCAAACAUGGAUAUACUGGACAUUACUGCAAUGAUGUGAUUGAUUACUGUAAAGACGAACCAUGCAGAAACGGUGCUACAUGUGAAAAAUUUGUUGGAGGAUUCAGCUGUCUCUGUCUGCCUGGUUUUACAGGGGAAACGUGUUCAGUGGAUAUCGAUGAUUGCGUGGAAAAUAUCUGUGAAAAUGGUGGAAUUUGUAUAGAUCGAAUUAAUGGAUAUGAAUGUAAUUGUGAAAAUACAGGUUAUCAAGGUGUUUACUGCACUGAAGAUGUUGAUGAAUGUGCUUUGGAUAUUUGUGUUCAUGGCAAUUGUACUAAUUUAGUUGGCUCAUACAAUUGUUCUUGUAAUACAGGGUACUUUGGAAAACGUUGUCAACUUGAAGAUCCAUGCUAUUCAAAUGAUUCGAAUCAAACAAGACAUGAUUGCUUGCAUGGUACAUGUGUGAAUUCUGAAGUUAUCACUCAGAAUGGUUUAGAAUUUGCAAAUUAUGAAUGCAAAUGCGAGCCUGGUUAUGGUGGCGAACAUUGCAUUCACUUGGUUCAGACGAGGAAGCCUUUCCCUUUGAGUUACGUUGCUGGACCGUUGACAGCUUUGAUAAUGGCUUUCUUUAUCAUUGGUUGUGUACUGUUUAUAUUAGUUAUUUUCCGUGGAAGACGUGCUAAUCAGGGUACUUAUAGUCCUUCACAUCACGAAAUCAGUACAUCACGAAUGCCGAUGAAUUCAGUGCUAAAAUCUCCACCUGAAGAAAGACUUAUAUAG